GUAUUAUUCAGACGCUGCAUUCCCCACGACCGCCUUGUUUCCUUGUGCUCCUAUAUUAUCAGCCAAGGAUCCCAUUUCCUUUGAGCACAGUCGCUCCGCCAGGGAAGCCUCUCAGUAUCAGCCAUGGCGUCGGUGGCCUCGUCCACCCCCUCUGUGCAAGAGGUGACCCUUCCCAAGGAUCCCGCGUCGUCUCAACCAAAAUACAAUUUCAGCUUUACGCCCUUCCUCCGCAGCAACGCCCUCGCCGCACUCGCAUCUACCGUUCCCGUCUGCCCUGAUUUCGCCAGUACAGGCCACUGUCCGCGCGGGCGUCGCUGUCCCGACCGUCAUCCCACUCCCACCCAAGCGCAGGCGUCCCAUUCCCAGCAGCAUCACUACGGGCGCCACGCCAAUGACAACUAUGUCUGCAAACAUUGGCUCAAGGGCCUCUGCAAGAAGGGGGAUGCUUGCGAUUACCUGCACGAAUAUAACCUACGAAAGAUGAGCGAAUGCCAAUUUUACAAUCAAAACGGCUAUUGCCAGAACGGCGACGAAUGUCUCUACGUACAUGUCAAAGAGGGCUCAAAGCUGCCGAUGUGUGAAGACUAUAAUAAGGGUUUCUGCGAGAAGGGGCCGAGAUGUCCAAAUCGGCACGUGAGGAGGAAGUUGUGCGAAUUCUAUCUGGCGGGAUUCUGUCCGGAUGGGAAAGAGUGUAAAUUUGGGGUUCACCUCAAGAGCGGCCCGGCUGCAGCGGCUGCGGCAGCGGCAGAGAGAGACGCAGAUGCACAUAGAAGGGAAAGGGUCGCAGACCUGGAAAAGAGGGAAGAAGAAUCGCGCAAAGACUACGGUGGUUGGAAGGGUGGAAGAGGUGGAAAGGCAGGAAGGUGGAGGAGCAAACGAGACAGAAGGUGAAAAGGAGAGAGAUUGGACAUACUUGAAAAGAGCAUCGACAUUCCCAGCAAUCGGUGCCUAAACCAGUGGUCAACGGGACGGCCAUCAAAGGCCACUUUUGAACCUCGCGAAUGUUGCGGACGGUUUUCUGCACUGUUGCUCGACAGUGGCGCAGACGCUCUCAGCAUGACCCGGCCCAGCUUGCGGGUCGAGAAGAUUCUCCAUUAGGAGGAAGAGCUACACCAACACACUUGAUCGGAUUCAUACACAUAUGGGCAACGCCGACAAGAUCAGCCAGGAGACAGAGAGCUCUUCAUCCGAGUCAUCGAGCCUGAAAAAUGGACCCGAGUAGCACUCGGAUAUUAUCCAACACGAUGACACGCCGCAUUCCCACUUCUGACCGGCAGGUGGAAGACACUUUCGCCGGAAGUCUUGUCUUCCCCUCGGUCCACAGACAGCGAACGGGCACGCAAGUGGACGCCUUGAAGAGGUGAGGUUGCCCUCGAACAUGAAUCAUUCCUGUCCUCCUGACGCUCUCAAAGGGGCUGGAGCUUCGAGCAUCGUUCUCUGCAGCCAGGACAGAGAGAAUGUGAGAAGGAGGAGAGAAGUAGAAGAAGAUUGCUACGGCGUUACAUAUCGUGAGCAGCUACUAAUAUAACUAGCUGCUUGGACUGUCCACUUGUGCUCGGAAUCGGGUGUAUAUAAUAAAUAAGAGACAACACCAAACACGUGAAAUAGAGAAUGAAAGUCGCAAGGCCAGCCGGGGGCUCAUUUGAUUUGAAUGAAAUAAACUCUUGCUGGCUCCCCUCUGC